CUCUGUACAGCAUGGUUGUUUUGAAGGGCCGGGUUUGUUUCCAUGAGAUUUGGUCAUUAUGAGGCUUUGGACCUGAGCCGCAAAUCUCUUACUAGUGACACAGCUCUAAUAUUUUCCAUGUGCACUCUCCCAGAAACCUCUCAGAAACCCAACCCUUUUUGCUUCAAAAUAGCUACAUUUUUAAAUGCCCAUGGUCGGCCUGCCUCAGUGCUUCGGAUAUUUUCUUUGGACCGUUCUAAGGCUGUGUUUAUGCAGGCAGCCCAAUUCAGAUAUUUUCACUAAUUAGUCUUUUGACUAAUCACAUCAGAUCUUUUCACAUCAGCGCUUUUUCAGAGCUGCACUGGUCAAAAUACAAAAGAGUGAAAAAAUAUCAGAUUUGGGCAGCCUCUGAGAAUUUGCACCUGCCUGAAAUCAACAUAAUUAGCUGUUGAGAGAAAUGGGGACUUUCAAAGGGGACAGUUUUUCUGAUAAAGAGGGAUAAUUAGUGUAUCAAGCAAGGUCCUAAUCAGCAUGUUUGAUUGAUAGCAAUCCUCAUUCAAAUAGGAAGGCAUGUGCUGAGCCUCUACAGUACUUGUACGCUCUCCUCUGCAUGCUUUGUGCUUUGCCUUUGAGAGGGGCAGUAAAAAUAGUGCCCAGAAGCUGUGUAUAUUUAGCUGUGUGGACUGAGUCUGACAGCAGAGGGUUUGUCUGACUUUGAGAGAACGGAGCAGAGCUAGACGAUAGCUUCUUUAGUGUCCAGAGUAGAAGUUCUGUUUGGGAUUGGUGUCUUUGUACUACUGUCUCUAACGGAGCUCCUUAGCAGGACGUCACUGGAGAGUCAGAAGUUGAAUCUGAUGGGAGAAGUGUCCUACCUGAAACUGAAGCUGGUGGACAUGGAGGAGAAACAGUUUCAUGGAGUAGAGAGGCAACACAAAGCAGAGGUCAAACUUCAAGAGCUCAGACUUCUCAAGGAGAAAGUAGACUAUCUUGAAGACCAGAAGUCCCAGUAUGAGAGGAGACUCAAAGCAACAAAGGCAGAGCUAUCAGACCUCCAGCAGCUCCUGCUCAGUAAGAAUGCUGAGAUAGACAGCCUGCACACACAGCUCCUGGCCAGACCACUGUCCACUGAGACCUCGGAGAGAGAGGAUAUGUACAGGAGAAGGCUCAACAACAAGCACCAGGAGCUCCAAAGGUUAAAGACGGGGAUGGAGACACUGCUGGUUGCCAAUGAUGAAAAGGACCGGCGUAUUGAGGAGCUCACACUGCUCUUAGUCCAGUGCAGACAGUUCAGAGAUGUUGUGACUCCAAGACAAGCUCCACCCACUAUCCUCUCAAUAUCCAAUGAGAGUACUCCAUCGAGCAGCAGUGAGGAACGGGAGCAUGGAGUGGUGAUGAGGACAGUUCCUUCCAGUGUACUCCCUGAGAACAAAAAGACUGAGAUGUCCUUCAGCAGUUCAUCCCCACAGCUCGUGUCCCACCUGCCAGCCCAGAAGGAAAGAGAACUCUGGACACAUCCCCGACUUGUAUCAAGCAGUAUGGACAACCUACAGAAUGGAUCUUCAUCGAAGCAUAUAGUGGUGAUUCCUGUAGAGGCUGAAGUGUCUACUGAGAAUAGGCCUGUAGAUAACCGAUGCCAGACCCUGCCGGUGAAGGCCUCCUUCCCAGAGCAUAUUGGAGAAGGAGAGUGCAGUGAGACACAGAGCCAGAGGUCUCCAGAGGGGAGUGAAGACGGAGACUCAAGAAAGACAGAGAAAAUGGACGACACCUCAUCCUCUGAUCUUUCACCCCAGUCUUCAGGGGCGGAGUCAGGUCAACGGACUAUUGGCUCACCAGAACACUUGAAGAACAAUAACAGUAUCAGAAAGCUCUGGGGAAAGAUCAGACGGACCCAGUCAGGGGGUCUACAGGGGGAGGACCUGGAACCAAACCAGUUUAGGAGAGGGGGGCUGCGUGCCACAGCGGGGCCAAGACUGACCCGGACCCCUGAGUCUGGCAGCACUGUUCGGGAUAUGAACACACCAUUCAACCAGUGGACCAGAGAGCAGGUGUGUGGUUGGCUGGAGGACUAUGGUCUGGGCCAGUAUGUCAACCUGACCCGGCAGUGGGUCGACAACGGACAGACGCUCCUGUCCGCAAGGCCACAGGACUUUGAGAAGGAAAUGGGUAUCAAUCACCCCCUACACAGGAAGAAACUACAGCUGGCUCUAAGGGGGUUCAGUACUAAAGCCCUGGAGAAGUCCUGUGAACUUAACCACAUCUGGGUUACACGGUGGUUGGAUGACAUAGGCCUUCCUCAGUACAAGGACCAGUUCCAUGAGGGGCGAGUGGAUGGCAGGAUGCUUCAGUAUCUCACCGUGAAUGACCUGCUUUUCCUGAAGGUGACCAGUCAGCUUCAUCACCUCAGUAUAAAGUGUGCUAUCCACGUCCUCCACGUCAACAAGUUCAACCCCCACUGCCUCCGACGAAGGCCCGGAGAGGAGAGGAACCCCUCUCCCUCAGAGGUGAUCCAAUGGUCCAACCAUCGUGUGAUGGAGUGGCUUCGGGCGGUGGACCUGGCUGAGUAUGCACCCAACCUACGGGGCAGUGGGGUCCAUGGAGGUCUCAUUAUUCUGGAGCUGCGGUUCAGCUCUGAGACCCUGGCCAUGCUCCUGAACAUCCCCCCUCAGAAGACCCUGCUCCGCCGCCACCUGGCCACCGCCUUCACCGCCCUGGUGGGGACGCAGGCCUCUCUGGAGAAACGGGAGUAUGCCAACGCCACCGGCCAUGCACCCCUCACUACCGCCGCCAAAGUCCGGCCCAAGAAGCUUGGUUUCACCCACUUCAGUCACCUGAGGAAGAGGAGGCCGGAUGACUUGGCGGACUACAUCUGCCCGAUAGACAGUGGGGGCCUUUCAGCCAUGAAUGGGGUUUCCCACCGGCCGUACGCAGGGGUCCGUGGCCUCAGCCCCAUCCUGGACAGAGCGCCAGAGAGGCGGGAGCAGGUGGGGCCCAAAAGCUGACACUGACACUCCCCUCAGCCAAUGACUGCAAAUCUUAUGGCUUUUAACCCUGACCCACAUGUCUAUGUAAACACGCCCCCACUCUCCCUGAAUCAAGGUGCUGAUUUUGUGAUUUGGGGGAAAUUCUAACGCAUUGAUUUUAUCACCAAAUGGUUAUUUGCUGGACAAGCUACAGUGUGUGUGCAUAUAAUGAUGUGGAUGUACUCAUUGGGUAUUAGCUGGACAUCCUGUAUGAUAAUUAUCUGGAUUUACUUACUUAUUUACUGGAUAUGCUUAUCAAGUAAUUGACCUGGAUAUGUUGAAAUCAUGACUGACCUGACCGGCUAAAUGAGGAUUCAUAAUGUUACGGUUGUAUAAUGGUUCCCUUUGAAAGCUGCUCUCUGCAUUCCUGGAAAAAUGAGAUGGAUUCAACUGUCUUCUGCCAUUGCUUCAGAACAUGACCCCUAUGUUUCCCUGACCAUUGUAGCCUUCCUCCUUACCUUGCUGGAUUUAGGGGAGCUUAGCUAUCAAUGGCCUUUCUUGAGUUAUGGUACAAUGUACAAAAAUGAAUACCAAUUGUAUAAGCUUGUUUGAUUUUAUUUUGUGUUAUAUUUAAUAACUGUACAAAUUCAUAAAAUAUAAGGUGCUGUCAUGAUAAUUCAGGUUUGCACACAAUACCCAACUCGGUUAGCCUAUAAUUAUAUAUUGAAAAUAAAAAUAAUUUGCAGGUGCUUGCUUUUUGUAUGCUGCAUGUUUGAUAGUUUAGUUUAGUCCUACAUGCAUUAUUUAUAGUGGUGAUAGGGGUACUGGCCAAACUGAACAAUGUUGACUCUUUGAAGCAAAGUGCUCUUGCUGACUCCACUAUAACACACAUCAUGGAUUAUAGACAAUCAUAAUGCUACAGCAGCUUCAAAUAAUUACUCCAUCAAUGCACACCUGAAUUUACAGCAUUGUUACAUGUAUACUAUCAUGUGACUGUUAAGCCAUGAAUUCAGAUUGCUGAUUAAUGUUCCAUCAGGCAUCGACUGAGGACAGUUCUGUCUCCAACUCAGACUCUGAGAACAACCUAGUGAGUUUCAGCAUUGUUUUUCAGAGAACAGAAGAUAUGAUAUUUAUCAUACAGUAUGUAAUUUUCCCUCAUGGUGUUUGUGACGCUAUGGCUCAAGUUACAAUGCUACAGUAGGUGGAGUAUAAUUCCGUAUGUUGGACGACUGUUGCAUACCAUGCUCCUCUCCAUAUUGUUGCAACAUUAUGGUCUUCAUUGUAUCCUCAGGUCCAUCAUUAAAGUCAUGCGUUAACGUC